GGUGAGAGGAAAAAUCCUAUAAAAAAUAUGUCAUUAGAAUAUAUAGAACUUUAUAAGUGUUGUUGGAAUGAAAUCCCAAAAAAUCAACCAGAAGCAAAUACUAUUCUUGAUGUUUUAGAACAAUAUAUUUCUAAAGAACUAUGUAUAU